UUUGUCGUCGAUGCACAACUUGGUGAACUUUCACCCCUCCAAGCCGUCUUGUUUUGAUUUAGAAUGCUAGGUUCUUAGCGUGAAAUUUAGCAGGAGGACCGGGCGUAAAUACAAAUGACAGCGGGGACAUUUGAGGAAAAUUGACCCGUACGCGAUAGAGAAGGGUGACAAUGGCGCUGUCAAGAAGAAACUGUCGCUCCCGCUGACAAAAAGAUGCUUGUUUUAACCCGAUGCUAACGUUAGGUGUCAACUUAAUAUACUUCCUGUCAACAUGGCGGUGAUGAGGAGCGAUGUGUAGCACUCACCUACUGGACACACUGCAUGUGUUCGCCUUUGGUUUUCAUUACUGGCCUGGAUAUUUCACACAAGCAAAUACAACGGAUUGUUGGAUAUUUCCAUUCCUUGCUUUCAAUGGGCGAGGAAAAGCCAGACACGCUGGACUUCGUGAAGGAUUUCCAGGAGUAUCUGAGCCAGCAGACGCAGCAUGUCAACAUGAUAUCAGGCUCCGUCAGCGGCGUCAAGGAAGCGGAUGAGCUACCGGCUGACUGCAGUCAGAACGGGCUCGAUCACCCGACGGUGGACAUGAACCUUGAAGAUGGAUCUGGGAUGUUGGUGGAUGGUUUUGAGAGAACCUUUGACGGCAAACUCAAGUGCCUGUACUGCAACUACGCCACCCGAGGCACAGCGAGACUCGUUGAGCACAUUCGAAUGCACACAGGAGAGAAACCUCACCGCUGCCACCUGUGCCCGUUCGCAUCGGCCUACGAGCGCCACCUGGAGGCCCACAUGCGCUCGCACACGGGCGAGAAGCCGUACAAGUGCGAGCUGUGCUCCUUCCGCUGCAGCGACCGCAGCAACCUGUCGCACCACCGCCGCCGGCGCCACAAGCUGGUCCCGAAGAAGGACGCCCACUCGCUGUCCCACAAGAAAAUGCUGAGCGUGCUGCAGAAAAAAGCUGGCUCGAUUAGCUACGGCCGCCGCCUCCUCAUCGCCUCGUGCUCUUCUUCCGCGAUGACGCCUAGGGGCGACGACGUCGACGACUGCUCCCGUGAGCUGCCGCAGGAGGUUGAUGAUGAUUGCGCAGGCGAGGAGGACACUCAAACUUGCCAUCAUUCGAACCUGAUCAUGGACAACCCCCUCAACCAGCUCUCCGCCCUGGCAGGCCAGUGUUCCAGCCUCCCUUCUUUGCUCCAGCCCCCCGUGUCCCCAGGAGCUGAAUCCGUCGUGGAUGAGAAGCCCCUCCUGAUCCAGCAUCCACCCGCCGCCUCCUCCCCGAUCACCCCCGAACCGCGCGCCACCACUCAACCCAGCAACUGUAGCCCCGCGGGCGGAGCCUGCAGCGAGCACAGCGUUCACGCCAGCACCCCCAGCGUGUCCAACAGCCAGCCCGGCACGCCGGCCCCCGGCCAGUCGGCCCCCCUGCUGGACCACCGGCGCGUGCUGCAUCACUGCCAGCACUGCGACAUCUACUUCCCCGACAACAUCCUCUACACCAUCCACAUGGGCUGCCACGGCUACGAGAACCCAUUCCAGUGCAACAUCUGCGGCCACAAGUGCAGGAGCAAGUAUGACUUCGCCUGCCAUUUUGCUCGCGGUCAGCACAAGUGACAAGUUUUGAUAACUUUACAGGAUUUUUAUUUAUUGAUUUUUUUUUUCUCCCCACUUGGCCUUGAUGUAGCAUUUAUCCUUCCAAAAAGAUGUCAGAAUUCAGAUGGAGCCCUUGUCUAUGAUCGGUGAACGUUUUUCACAAGCGGAAGGAGUCAUAAUUUUAUGAAGGAGUCAAUAGCGCCACUUAUGAGAACACAUUUGUAUCUCUACAAUUAAUAUUUUUAAAAUUUGAUGAGAAUAACGAGGAAUUUACUUGGGAAAAGAGUUGCAAUAUUACGAGAAUAAGUACAGGAAAAAAAUGCUAAUUUUAGACAGAAAAUGUCCCUUGCAAAUUACACGUAUAUUGUCAAAAUGUAAAAAAUAAAAUGUUACAAUUUUAUAAGAGUAAAGUUGUAACAUUGUGAGAAAAAAGUUUUAAUAUAAAAAACUCAUAAGAAUAGAGUCGGAAUACUACAAGAAUCAACUCAUAUGAGGAAAGUGCAAUAUAACACGAAUACAGUGAAAAUGUUCUAACAUCACAAGAAAAGUAGUAAUUUUAUGAGAAUAAAGUUGUCUUUUAGGAGGAAAAAAGUCAAAUCACAAUUGAGGAAAAAAAACAAUUUUAUAAGAAGGUUGUAACAUGAAAACUGUGUCAUGUUACAUAGGAAAUAUUCUAUUUUCUGAGAAAAACAGAGAAUCAGAAUAUUUCCUGAAUAAAGUGAAAAUAUUGAGAAAACGUCAAAAUUUGACAUGGGAAAAGUCUUAAAAUCCCAUGGGAAAAAAAACAUAUUACAAGGAGAAGUUAGAAUGGAAUAAGAAAUUAGUCAAUAUUUUUUUACAAGUUCAAAUCUUACCAGAGAAAAAUUUAAUAUUUCACAAAUAAAGCCAAAAUAUUAUGAGGGGAAAAGUCGCAAUUUUUGGGAAUUUUAUAAGAAAAAGCUGAUUGCUGAUUGAAAAUAUGAAGUAGUUGUCAUAUCACAAAAAUAAAAAAAAUAAUUUUACGAUUAAAAAGUCCUUUUACGGGACUGAAGUAAUUUACGUGAAUACAAAAUCUGAAUGUUACAUGGAUAAGGCCAAAAUAUAAAAAGUCAUAAUUUUAUGAGCAUAAAGUUGUAAUAUUGCAAAAAUCAUUAUUUUACCAGAAGUUGUAAUUCUAUGAAACAGAAGUCAGAACGAGAAAUGAGAAAAUAAAUUAAAUGAAAUAAAUGAGAAAUUGUUAUUUCAGGUGAAACUAUUCUAAUAUUAAGAGAAAAUAUUUCUAAAAUGAGAAACAAAGGUACGAUUUCAAAAAAAUAAAAUCUUUGAUGUGGAAAAAAUAUUAUAUGACAGUAAAGUGGUAAUCAUCGUACGAAGAGUUUAGUGUUAUUGUGCAAACUUUUUUUCUGGGGGAAAAAUAUAGCUUAGCCCAUAAUAUUGCAACUUUGCUAUGGAAAAAAAAAAAUACUGCUCUCACAAGUCUCUUUUUUUUCCCCUCACCUUUUUUUUUACUCUUUCAUAUAAAUUAAAUAAACCAACCAUGAAGGAGAUUUCUUUUUUUUCUUUUCUUUUUUUUUAAACUUAAUAUACAGUAUUUCGGGAUGUAGCCUCAACUCUCCUGGAGCUAAUCCUAUAAGGUUGCCUCAGUAACACAACUUUGUUAAAAGUGAUGUGGUGUUGAAAUAAUGCCAGUAUUUCUUUGCAGUGCCUGACAUUUGACGUUUGUGAGUGAAAUAGGAAAAAAGUCUGAAGUAUCGCCUGUAUUUUGCCAAAAUCUUCCUUCCAUAAUGCUGCUAUGACUCUUUGGAAUAAAUUCCAGCUGCACCACAAGACAGUGAUUGGCCACUGUGGCAAUGUUACUAAUGCCCGGUCAGCCACUGAGGUGUAAACUGGAUUUUAACUUACUUUAAAAUUUUUGUGUACUGUAGUUCCUGAACACACCUCACCAGGGGCCACCAGAAAAUGUUGCUUUCCUUUAGUAACAUAGCACACUGAACUUGCUAUUGUCUGAAGUCACUUUAAGAACCGUAUCCCCAUGGCCUUACAACCUUACUGAUGACAGUUUCCCCAAAUGUAUCCCACUGAGCCUGGUGCUUUUUUUUCUUGAAUAUUUACUACAUAUUGUAUUCUCAGUGGUUGAUUUGAUGUUCGGUGUAAAAAAAAUAAUAAUAAUAAUAAUUCUAGCGGGGUACACACAUACCGAACCUAUUUUUAAAAUGUGAGGGACUUUUAUGUAAUUUCUUAGUCAUCCAAGUCAUGAUGAUCCACAAAAGUUGACUGGAGGCAACUGGACUCUUCUGGGUUGUUGAAGACGUUUCACCUUUAAUCCGAAAGGCUUUUUCAGUUCUAAAUUUUAGGUGAUGAUUCUCAUUCUGGUUGGUGUGUUCCAACGACUGUUUGUUAUGCAGAAAGACACACCAGGCAACAAGAAACAACCUAGGGGAACUCGACACCUAAAAUUUAGAACUAAAGAAGUAUUUUGGAUUAAUGGCGAAAGGUCUUCAACAACCCAGACUCCCGUUGCCUCCAUUCAAUUUUUGCAGAGUAGUACUCCAAGAAGAGAACAGAAGAAACUAUGCUAACUCUUAGCUUGUCUGGUAACUUCUACUACUACGAACGACUUGCGAGAUUUUUUACAAACGCUCAACACAAAAGUUUCAGUUGGCUUGCUAGUUUGCUACCCUUCAGUUUUACGUCAAAAUCGCGGCGUCUGACUCUGCUUGACUGUGUUGAAUCAAUCGACCAUCGAUUAUUGCAAUUGUAAACACUGAAUAGGUUCAACAUUUAAGAUUGUCAGCCGAACCGUUUUCCAAGCAGAUGGGUGAGGAAAAAUGAACCCCACCCUAGCCCACAGGAUAUAUUGCUCAGGAUAAUCUUUUAGAGACAUGCAAUAAUCGGGCCUUUGCUGACUCCGUUCGCAAAAAGAAGGGAAAAUGCACAAAUUCGGUCCAAUGUGUGUACCUUGCUGACACCUACUUUAGCAAGUUUGUCCAGUUUGUUGGCUUCUGUCGUCUUUUGCCAAGCAGAGUGUACAGUAGUGACUUGCCGCUGUGCCCAGCACAAGGAAUGAAUGAUGCCUUUUGUCAUCACUGUGUUCUCACUUCAUAGGUAGCGUUUGUCUCAAAAGCCCUUUCUUCCUUUGGGAUGC